AUGCCCCCACACUCAAAAUGGGACGGCGACUCCAAUUCCUCCUCCUCACGCACCUCCUCUUACUCGACCCACGCGCUCCUCACCCGUUCCGAAGUCGCUGGGCCGUUGCAUCCUCCUCUCAACCCGAAGACGCUCCCCGCGUUCUUCCGCGACGACGUCGAGCGUCCGCGCCCGCACGGCGGCCCCGUGGGGCGCAACCUCGCGUCCACAGACGACCGGUACCUCGGCUGGGACUUCCAAGAGUUCGACAGGCACGUGCAGGCACUUGCGCGGGGGCUCGUUGGGCUGGGAGUAAAGAAAGGGGACCGGGUGGGCGUCUACGCAUGUCUGCAGUGGGCGUGUGCGAGCGUCGGCGCGGUCCUCGUCAGCACGCUCGCCCUCGCCGGCGUCUCGCACCUCUUCGUCGUGCCGCACCUGCGCUCCUCAGCGUACGUGCGCAUGCUCUGCGACGCCUUCCCCGCGCUCGCCGCCUCCGCCCCGGGUGACAUUCAGGAGGAGGCGCUCCCAGCGCUCCGCCACCUUGUCGUAGUGACAACAUCAGCGGCCGUGUGGGCGGGCGCGCUGGAGGGUGCGCGGCCCGCGGUGGACUUCCGCGAGGUGCUCGUCUGGCGGGAGGACGGAGCGGAGCGAAAAGAGGUCGUGGAGAGGGAGAACGGCUUGAGGGCGGAUGAUGUGGUCAAUCUGCAGUUCACGAGUGGGACGACAGGCCUUCCGAAAGCGGUUUCACUCACGCACCACAAUCUACUCAACAACGGGCUGGCUAUCGGCCGUUGUAUGCGUUUGUCCGAAGAGGAUAUUCUCUUGACUCAAGAGAAGUGCACCGCGCUUCAUGGCGUUCCUACCCAUUUCCUUGGAGUCCUCGCCGAAGUACAGCGCCGAAGGAAGGCUGGCGAGCUGGUCGAUACGCGCACUCAUGAAAAGCUGAACCUAACGGAGCUCACUGUGGCCCCUGUGACAUUCCAGAGCAUCACGAGCGACCCAGUGGCCAAACGCGUUGAGACCGUCGGGAGGAUUCUCCCGCACGUCCGCGCGAAGGUGGUAGACCCAGACGGAGAGGUCGUUCCCAUCGGCAAGCCCGGGGAACUCAUCGUCGCGGGCUACCCGCUGCAGAAGGGUUACUGGAACGACGUGGAGCAGACACAGAAGGUGAUGGAGCGGGACGCGGAAGGGACGCUCUGGAUGCACACGGGCGACGAGGGGACAAUGGACGAGGAAGGGUACCUGAGGAGUAAGCACGGGAUUCGCUUUCCGAACCUGUUCCCGGUGCAAAUAGAGAACGUCAUGACGGCACACCCGGACAUUCGCGAGGCGCAGCCGUCGCAGUGCCCGACUCCGUCUACGGCGAGACGUGGGCGCGUGGGUCGUGCUCGAACCUGGCGCGUCGCUGUCGCAGAGGCGAAUGCACCGGCGUGGGUGUGGUUCACUGGGCGAGACGGGACGGCGGAAGAGCUGCCGAAGACGGCGAGCGGGAAGGUGCAGAAGCACAUCCUGCGCGAGUGGUCGAAGGAGCUGGCGGAGCGCGGCGUCGGGCGUUAUCAUGAGCGAAGACAGGAGUGCAUUUCACCACGGGAGCAUCGCCCGCGAACCGCCAAAUCGGAACAAGCCCUUCGCAGCUGUAGCUGA